UUCACUCCAACGUGAAACCUGCAAACUUAAUUUAUCUCUUCAUAUUUCUUUAGCUUCUCUUAAUUUUACACUUAGGGUUUUCAAACAAAGAGAGAGAGAGAAGUGACUGAGAGCGAUGAUGCAGACUCCGUACACAACUUCAACGCAGGGGCAAUAUUGUCAUUCUUGUGGAAUGUUCCACCACCAUAGCCAAAGCUGCUGCUACAACAACAACAACAACGCCGGUUCUUACUCGAUGGUCUUCUCCAUGCAAAACGGCGGCGUUUACGAGCAGAACGGCGAGGACUAUCAUCACUCUUCCUCCGUUGUUGACUGUACUCUGUCUCUUGGAACUCCUUCUACGAGGCUUUGUGAAGAAGACGAGAAACGUAGACGCUCUACUUCCUCUGGUGCUUCUUCUUGCAUCUCCAACUUCUGGGACUUGCUUCACACCAAAAACAACAACUCAAAAACGACACCGUACAAUAACGUUCCUUCUUUCUCCACUAACAAGCCAACUCGCGGUUGUUCCGGGGGUGGUGGUGGCGGAGGUGAUUCUCUUCUCGCCAGACGCUGUGCCAACUGUGACACUACUUCUACUCCACUAUGGAGGAAUGGUCCUAGAGGCCCUAAGUCCCUAUGCAACGCAUGCGGCAUUCGUUUCAAGAAGGAAGAGAGAAGAACCACGGCGGCUUCAGGAAACACCGUCGUCGGAGCUGCACCAGUUCAAACCGACCAGUACGGACAUCACAACUCCGGCUACAAUAAUUACCAUGCUGCCACUGGUAACAACAAUAAUAAUGGUACUCCGUGGGCUCAUCAUCACUCGACGCAGAGGGUUCCGUGUAAUUAUCCGGCUAACGAGAUCAGGUUCAUGGAUGAUUACGGCAGUGGAGUAGCAAACAACGUUGAAUCCGACGGUGCUCACGGCGGUGUUCCGUUCCUUUCUUGGAGGCUUAAUGUGGCGGAUAGGGCAAGUCUUGUCCAUGACUUUACCAGAUGAAAGGAAAAAAAGAAAACGACGUUAGAUUC